CGUCCUCGGUCUCUCAUUCUCUCUCUCCUCUUCAGAACUCGAUCGGCCGGCGCUCGCCUUCUCUGUUCGGAUCGAUUCCCGCCACCGCAACCCUGAUUCCUCUCCUCUGCAGAUUAGGGCUCCGCCGUCGAUUGCGUUCUCCAUGAGCAUAUUAGGGUUCUGGUAAUAUCUUUCUGUCACUAUUGGUUCUUUGAUCUGUUCUGUAGUUGUUGGGUUCUGCCCCUAGGUUAGAAAAAAAAUUGGAACAAAAAAGAGAGAGAGAGAGAGUAAAUUCUUUGAUUCUUUUCCUGUAGAUAAAAUUGUUCACGGCGGCGUUUUAGGUUUUUGUCUUUUUUUUUUAUUCUUAGCUGAUUCCUUCUUCCAAGAAACUCUGUGAUAUUUUUGGGCGUCGUUUUAGUUAGCCAUCAGAAAUUGAGGGUUCUUCUUCUUCUUUCAUCUUAGAUCUUAUUCCUUCUUUGUUUCAUAUCUGUUCCUAUUGAUCUUGAACACUAGUUUUGAUCCAAAAAAGAACAGAAAACCAAAAAAAAAAAAGAGAAAAGAAAAGAAAAAAGAGAGAGAGAGAAGGGUUCUGGAAAUCUAGGUUAUUGUACAUGUAGAGAGAAGAAUUGGGGGUUUGGUUGUGUGUGUUUGUUUUCCAUGGCCUUGAAUUUUUCGCAUCGACCAUUCUUGGUGUCGCCGAUGAGGAUUCGUAAUGGGUACCUUGCCGAGGGUAUCUCGGAGAGGCCGUGGCAUUCGAAUUUGGAUGAGGGCAGCUCCCAGGAGCCGGUUUCGAAUGACAUUAUUGAUCUUUUGCCUUCGGACCCGUUUGGGAUGGAUAUUAGUACCACUUUUACUGCCAUUACCGGGUGGCUUGAGGAUUUAGAGGUGGAUUAUGGGUGUUAUGGCAGGGGGGAUGAGGCGGGGACGAGUAAUGGGAAUUACGAGCUUUUUGCGGGGUUGAAUUUUAUUUGGAAUAAUGCUAUGAGGUUCCAGACGUUUCCGGGGAGUGUUGGGGUUGAUUGCGGGUCGAAAGUCGCGAGUGGUUUUCGUGGGAAGCAGGUGGGUGGUGGUGGUGCUUCUUUGAAAGAGAAGCAUGUGUGUGGUGUGUCGUCGUCCCAUGGCUUGGUAGACAAGCAGGGGGGUAAUGCAGCCUCCCUUGGUGAUGGUUGUUUGGUUGGGUGUUCUGAAGAGAAUGGGAGUGGAGAUGAGUUUUGCAACGGAGGGUAUGAUGGGUGUUCAAAAGAGGAGGAGAAUGCAGAUGCGCCUGAUGCUUUGUCUUGCCAAGGUGAUAUCGGAUCAGCUUCUGCAGUAGCUCGUGAUCCUCAGCCGGUGGAUGGGAUUUGCUCUUUUGGAGACGGAGGAGCUCAUGAUGGAGCUUUAAUGCUUGCCCUCAGUUAUCUAGGCGUGCGGGAUCUCCUUGUUGUGGAGAGUGUUUGCAGAUCUCUCUAUUCUACAGUUCGUGGGGACCCCUUAAUGUGGAGAACUAUUCACAUAGAUCAGCCACUGAAUGAGAAGAUUACAGAUGAAGUUUUAUUGCAUCUGACUAAUAGGGCUCAAGGAAAUUUGCAAUGCUUGAGCCUGGUGGAGUGCCCGAGGAUCACUGAUGAUGGUCUCAAGAGCGUGCUUCAAAACAAUCCUAGGCUUUCCAAAUUAAGUGUGCCUGGGUGUACUAGACUAAGUAUAGAGGGCAUUGUGAAUAACUUAAAGGCUUUUAAGUCUAAGGGUGCAAUUGGUGUGAAGCACUUACGAAUUGGUGGACUCUAUGGUGUAACACAGAAGCAUUUUGAUGAGUUGAGAUCUUUGUUGGGCACUGAUUGCCAGGUGCAGCAGAAUGCCCGCAAGCCACACUUUUAUCACCGAGGGAACUUUUAUUUGUCCUGUGAUGAUGAUAGUGACAUCGAUAUUGAAAUGUGCCCUAGAUGCCAGAAUUUGAGGCUUGUUUAUGAUUGCCCGGCAGAGGCUUGUCAGGGAAAAGAACAUCCUACUCAGUUAUGCAGGGCUUGCACUCUAUGCAUAGGUAGGUGUGCUCAGUGUGGGCGGUGCAUUAAUGAUAGUGAAUAUGAGGAAACAUUCUGUCUAGAAUUGCUUUGCUCAGAUUGCUGGAAGCAACUACUGAAGUCCCAGGAGAGGGAGGAUACUGAGUUUGUUCCAUCCAACUCUACUGUUCUCCAUGAGCAGAAUCAUAGCUUUUCUCCCCUUGGCUAGAUACUGUUGGUUGUAGAGUUCUGCCAUUCCAUGCUAUGGGAUGGAUGCAUGAGGGUUGCUUUAGGGAUCCAUCAAGAAAUAUUAUGAGAUACUUUCAAGACUGGUUCAUUUGUCUCAUUGCUGAACGGAUUAGCUAACUUUCUUGGGUUCAGCCUAUCAGUUUGGCUUCAACUUUGGUUUUUAUAGGGUAUCAUCUGUGCCUGUUGUUGUUGCUCUUGCAGGGCUUGAGUAAAAAAAAAAUUAAAAAGAAAAGAAAAAAAAAUGGAGGAGAGACUUAGGGAAUGAAAAAUUAUCAUCCACAAAGUUCUGCAUCCAGUGAUUCCAGUUGAAGGUUUGAACUUUGUAUGUUGGUAAUUUCCUUGGUGGCUCUGGCACACAGAGUAUGUUGAUUUGAUGUGAAUACUGGUUUGUGAAGUACUGUUGGCUAGAAUAUUGGGAUGUGACAUGGUCAAGCAGCUUGGUCAUGAGGGCAUACGUCUUGUGAAAAAAGCAAUGUGGAUGACUCAUCUGUGGUAGUAGGGUUGCCACUAUGUUGGCUCUUUGAAGGAGGCACUGGUGUAUCUGUGGGAUGUGUUUGUUCUCACAAUACUACAAGUUCUUUUCUACGAAGUCUAUCCUCUUUGAAGGAAGCACUUGUCUACCUGUUAAUGUGAAGUGGGAUGUGCACUGCCUUUCAAUACUAUGAGUUACAGUUAUCAUUAUUUCAUUUAUGCUCAAUCACACAAAUCCUUCUCCUCCGGAAUUUCAGCUUGCAGCAGUUUAUGUUCUGUAGAUUGCUGUUGUAGCAUUUUCAUCUGUGGUGCGCUAACAGGGACGAUGCUCCAUACAGGAUUUGACUUUCUGUUUUCUUCCACAGAUGAGGCUUGUAUAUACGAGCAGGAUAUGCUUGGGCUGUUGAGGAGAAUUAUAUAUAGGCUUGAUAUUGUUCUGGCUGAUAAAUUGUAUGUAUUUGAAUGGUGCUGCUUCCAUUGAGCUAAUGGAACAUUGUAAAAAUAAAUUCAGGAAUUAAAUUAUGCCUUGAUGCCAAGUAAUAAAGCUAGUGCUUCAGUUUUUUUUA